AUGCCAUCAAUCGAACUCCUAGCCAGAACGAGAUGUGAGAGGCAGAGAGGAGUGAAUAAGUUAACUGCCAUGGCUAGACUGCUGGAAAAGUGGCAGGAAAAAUGGGAGAGCUCAAGCUUAAUCCCAGAAAUAGCAUCCUGGAUUUCGAGAAAACACGGCGAGAAAACAUUCCAUCUGAGCCAAGCGCUUUCCGGGCAUGGGUUCUUCAGCAAGUACCUGCACUUUAUAGCAAGGAAGGAGGACGACAAGUGCUGGUAUUGCGAAGAAGACGAUAGCCCAGAACACAAGUUCUUUGGUUGCAGCAGAUGGGCGACGAUGAAGCAAAUCUCGGAGAAGUGCUGGAACCGGAGACGCUGA